AUGGGCACGUUCGUCGGUCAAAUGUAUCUCAUGAUAGCAUGGACUGCUCGAGGCAUCCAGGGAUGCACUGUAGUUGCCCUUGCGCUUAAUCGUGCCACCGCUGUUUGUCUUCCAAUCAAACAUAAGCAAAUUUGGAACAGCAAAUUUAUCUCGAUGAUUCAUAUAUUUCAAUUGGGAGUUGGCCUUUGCAUUGGUUCAAGCUUGAUAACUCAAAAAUUCUACUGGAAAUUUGAAAGGAAUGGAAUCUACAUUCAAUUUGAGAACAAAGAUUUCCGAAGAGGAUUCUUCAUGUCUGCCUAUGUCAUAGAAACUAUUUUUGUAGCAUCUAUUAUGGUCAUUAAUGUCACAAUGGUCAUCGCUUUCAGAACUAAAUACAGAGUGCGUCUGUCAACACAACCACAUCUAAACCAAAAAGUGAUGAGUGAAAAACAAAGACAAGAAUAUAAUCUUAAUAUAGUGGCUGGUUUAACGUGUGUCGCAGAAAUUGUAUAUUAUUGUUAUGUUAUCUACGUAUUUGGAAUCAACACAAGUGUUCCUACCAGGGUGUUCUAUCUUCUCUACGAUGUUAUCAAUGACAUUUAUUGUGGACUGUCUGGAUGGUUAUUGUUGAUAUACUCGCGUUCCAUGCGAGCGCAUGUGACUAAAAUGCUACGAUGUCCAAUGUUUGGAUUCCGACGAAUGAGAAUAAUGAUUCCUCCAGAACAACAAUUUGCAUCCUCCACAAAUAUAGAUGGGAACAAAAAUACAUCAAACAGAAGAGUACCAACUUGUGGAACGCCCUGCUAG